CGCUUCGCCAAAAUCCACACACGAUCACUUCUGAAGGACGGAAAGAAACACAGCCAAGCUCCCUGGUACUUUCCCAUCAAAUCUACUUAUUCAACUACAACUCCGUCUUUAUAUCAGAAGUCCAAAGAAGCCGUGGUCAUGUCGGGACAGAGGAAAGGCGCGUCGCCCCGUCUCCCCAAAUGCGCUUUCUGCAGAACGAACCGGGACAAAGAGUGCGGGCAGCUGCUUCUGUCCGACGGCCAGAAGGUGGCAGCACAUCACAAGUGUAUGCUGUUCUCCUCAGCCCUGGUCUCGUCUCCUUCAGACAGUGAAAACAUUGGAGGCUUUUCCAUUGACGACGUGAAGAAGGAAAUCAAACGUGGGAAUAAACUGAUGUGCUCCUCGUGUCCGCCUGGGGCUACGAUUGGCUGUGAUGUAAAACCUGCCGCAGAAACGUACCAUUAUUACUGCGCACUGAAGGACAAGGCUCAAACUAAAGAGAACCCAUCACAAGGAAUUUACCUGGUUUACUGUCAACACCGGGAUGCAGCACAGCAGGAUGAAGAUGAAGCAGAGGGUGUGGCCAAUGAUUCAGACUCCUCCCCUCCUCAGAGCAGAGGUCGUGGUCGGUUUGAAAAGUCCAGGACUAAGACUGGAUCCAGGGGCCAGUCUGAGGAGUCCCGGUCUAUGUCAUCACAGGCAGCGGAGGAAGAGAGCUCUUCACAUAGAGACCGGUCCCCCUUGAGGUCCAGCCCUGCAGACGGACUUCAGCGCUGUGGGUUCUGUCACGCCGGAGAAGAAGAAAAUGAAACCAGAGGCAUCCUCCACUCAGACAACUCCAAAAAAGUGGCUGCUCACUACAAGUGCAUGCUUUUUUCAUCUGGAACAGUGCAGUUAACCACAACGUCACGGGCUGAGUUUGGAAACUUUGAUGUAAAAACAGUCAUUCAAGAAAUCAAAAGAGGAAAGAGAAUGAAAUGUACAUUGUGCAGUCAGUUGGGGGCAACAAUAGGCUGUGAAAUCAAAGCGUGUGUGAAAACCUACCAUUAUCACUGCGGUCUCCAGGACAAAGCCAAAUUCAUUGAAAAUAUGGCGCGAGGAAUUUACAAACUUUAUUGUAAAAACCACAGUGGAAAUGAGGAGAGAGAUGAAGAGGAUGAAGAGAGAGAGAAUCGAAGGGAGAGAGCAGCCAACAAACAAGCCACAGCUACACAAGUCAACGGCAAUAACGGGGGCCAGACCAGUGAGGGAUAGAAGAACUGCAAAGAUUAGGAAAUAUUUUUAUACUUUGAAUAUAUUCAAACUCAUGAUCAACCUUCCACCUGUCUUUGAAAUGGACUACAUUUCCCAGAAUGCACCUGAACUCCUCUUCAUGAGCCCACAGCAUUUGACAGCUAAUGGGUAGAAGUAAACACAAGCCAAAAAAGACUUGCUAUUUACCUACAUCAAUAAUGCCACGGAUAUUGGGACUUUAAUUAACUAUAUAAUGGCCGCCCUUGUCCUAAUUGUUUCAAAAUAAUAAUCUUCCUCUUGUUUCCUAAAGGAUGCUAUAAUGAGCAGUUUGUUACUUAGUGUGUCUAUAAAUGUGCUGUUUUUGUAUGUGUAAUCAUGUCUUAAACCUCAUGUUAGCCUCUCUCCUUUGUAUGUAAAACUUUUCAUAAAUGACUCAUUUUUGAACUGCAUGCACUUGGGUUUUUCACUGCAAAGAUUGUUUUUUUUUUUUUUUUUUUAUUUGGCCACUAAAGAGCAGUGUAUAUCU